AUGCUCAUUCGCUCUUUCACGAGCUCUCUCACGCGCUCUUUCACGCGCUCUCUCACGCACUCUCUCACGCACUCUCUUACGCGCUCUUUCACGCGCUCUCUCACGCACUCUCUCACGAGCUCUCUCACGCGCUCUCUCACGCGCUCUCUCUCGCGCAUUCUCUCUCUCACGCACACCCUCACGCGCAUUCUCUCUCGCGCACUCUCACGCGCAUUCUCUCUCUCUCACGCACUCACUCACGCGCUCUCUCACGCGCUCUCUCACGCACACUCUCACGCGCACUCUCACGCUCUAACACGUGCUCUCUCAUGCGCUCUCUCACGCGCUUCUCUCACACACUCACUCACGCGCACCUCACGCACACCCUCACGCGCUCUCUCACGAGCUCUCUCACGCUCUAACACGCGCUCUCUCACAUGCUCUCUCAUACGCAACCUCACACGCUUUCUCACGCGCUCUCUCAUGCGCUCUCUCACGCGCUCUCUCACGGGCACCCUCACGCGCACCCUCACGCACUCUCUCACGCGCUCUCUCAUGCUCUCACACGCGCUCUCUCACAUGCUCUCUCAUACGCAACCUCACGCCUCUCUCACGCUCUCUCUCACACGCUCUCUCACACGCUCUCUCACACACUCUCUAAUGCGCACCCUCACGCACUCUCAUGCGCUCUCUCAUGCACACCCUAACGCGCUCUCUCAUGCGCUCUCUCACGCGCUCUCUCACGCCCUCUCUCACGCGAUCUCUCGCGCGCUCCCUCGCACCCUCUCCCGCACUCUCUCACACGCUCUCUAA